AUGACAUUGUUUUACCGUGCGCUGGAAAAACGAGCUGGCUGUAGUGAUGCACUGACGGAUCAAGUAAUUGUUGUCCUCGAGCGUACGGUUGCAUUACUGAUGGCGAUGUCCUACGAGAAUGGUAGAGAUUUAUUACGUGCGCAAUUAUUGAAUGAUGCAGCAGUGGACAUCUCUGUCGGAGAGGAUUUGAAAGUCUUUCCCAGACCUCCCACUAAAGUCCAGGAGGAUGACGACAUCAACGUAUUGUUGUGUUCGGGGAUGAAACUUGACUGA